UGUGGUUUGGCUCAUAUAUAGAGACACACUCUGAACUCUGUCUUUACUUCAGCAGCAGUAUCUACUCCGUACUCUUUAACCCUAACAGGGACAGGAACUAUUACAACCUAAACAUGGCCAGCAAUUUUGGUUGGAGCAGAAAUAAUGAGGAUAUGAGGAUAGUGAUAGUGGGGAAGACAGGAAUUGGGAAGAGUGCCACUGGAAACACCAUUCUGGGACGACAGUGCUUUGAAUCAAAGUUCAGUGCAAAGUCUAUGACUGUAGACUGUUCCAAGGGCAAAGCUGAGGUGGAUGGGCAACAGGUGGCUGUUAUCGACACCCCAGGCCUGUUUGACACCAGGUUUGGCACGGAUAGAACAACUAAAGACAUAUGCCAGUGCAUCUCUUAUGCUGCUCCUGGACCCCAUGUGUUCCUGGUGGUCAUCCGGCUGGGCAGAUACACCGAAGAGGAAAAGCAGACAGUGCAAAGGAUUCAAGAAAUCUUUGGACAGGCUGCAGACAGAUACAGCAUGGUUCUCUUUACUCAUGGGGACCUUCUUGAAGACACAACUAUUGAAGACUUCUUGAUGGAAUCCUCAGACUUGCAAGAACUCGUGACCAGAUGUAAUGACCAGUACCAUGUCUUCAAUAAUAAGCUGAAGGAUCGCUCUCAGGUCACUGAGCUGCUCCAGAAGAUCAGAAAUUUAAACCAGAAGAACGGAGGAAGCCACUACACAAACGAGAUGUUCCAAGAGGCCGAGAGGGCAAUCGAAGAGGAGAAACAGCGCAUCCUGAAAGAGAAAGAAGAGCAAAUACGCAAAAAAAAAGAGAAAUUGGAGAGAAGAGACAGAGAGGAGAGAGAAAGGGAAUAUGUAAACAUGAUGAAUAAAAUGAAGGAACAGCAUGACAAAGAACUGAGAGAGGAAAAAGAAAAGUUGCAGAACAGACAUGAAAGUGAGGCCAUAGAGAAAGCUGAGGGGUUUUAA